ACAUACUACAUAGUUAACCCAGAGGAAGUGAAGAACCCACCUAAUGCGAAACAGAAGGGGAUAGUCUGCUACUCUGCUCUCCACUCAGCAGCAAGCUAUUGGAACUUGGAAGCUGAUCCGUGAUGGCUGCCUUCUGAAUUAUCGAUGGCCGUUCUCUCCGAAGUCGUCUCUCUUUCAAAACCUUAGCACAGCAGCUUCGCGCGAUAAAUCUUUAGUCUACAUCCAUGGUCAAGUACGAUCUCAUGGCCCGAACCGUGCUGGAACCUCUGUCCACCUUCGAUAUCUCGGCCCAUUCUCGCACUUCAAUUCGCUCCAUCGCCGUCUCUUCCGGCCCCGAUCCCCCAACUCUAAUCUACAUCGGUACGUACUCCGGAUCCUUACUCCUGCUUGCCACCAAUUCCGUCUCCGCGUCUAACCGUGCUGCGACUCCCGACGACCGCGACGAUGAUUCCAAGAGGAAAAUUUCCUUUAUGCGGAGUGUUUCAGUUGGGGAUUCUCCUGUGGAAACAGUGCUGCUCCUUGGUGAGAUUGGGAAACUUCUAGUUCUCUGCGACGGUUCCUUGUUUUUUACCGACUCGCUAUUGGAUCAGCAGCUCAAGAAAUUGAGUUUGGUUAAGGGAGUUUCUGCAAUUGCGAAGAGAAUCAUCAGUGACGAGUCGUGUAGCUCUGACAUAUUGAGUAUCUUGGCUACUACGACCAAUUCGGAAUCUUCGAGUGCGAGUCUGCGCAUUUUGCAGAAAUUGGGCGGCGGGGUUAGAGCUAACGGAGUGAAAACCAGAGACUCCACCCAACAAGUUGAAGGCAACUGUAACGUUUUUGCAGUUGCGGUUGGUAAAAAGAUCGUAUUGGUAGAGCUUGUAUUUGGCAGCGAUUCCAGAACAGUGAAACAUGAAGGUGGUGCUAGCGGUUUGAAUGGUUCUUUUGUGAUGCUGAAAGAGAUCCAGAGUAGUGUUGAAGGAGUUAAAACGAUUGCAUGGCUCAAUGACUCGAUAAUUGUUGGUACAAUGAUGGGGUAUAGCUUAUUUUCCUGUGUCACUGGGCAAAGUGAGGUUAUCUUCAGCUUGCCCGAUUCUUCUAGAUCGCCAUUGCUAAAAGUGUUGUGGAAAGAGAAGAAGGUCUUGUUGUUGGUUGACAAUGUUGGAGUUGUUGUUAAUGAUAAUGGGCAGCCAGUUGAUGGGAGCUUGGUUUUCCGUGGUCAUCCUCAAUCAGUUGGAGAGUUGUCUUCUUAUGUUGUUAUUGUGAGGGAUGGAAAGUUGGAAUUGUAUCAUAAGAAAUCAGGUAGUUGUGUUCAGACGGUUGUAUAUGGAGGGGAAGGAGUUGGGCCUUGUCUAAUAGCGGGCGAGGAAGGUGGGGACAGUAAAUUGAUUACCAUAGCAACGUCUACUAAGGUUAUCUGUUAUCAUAAGGUGCCUUAUGAAGAACAAAUUAAAGAUCUACUGAGAAAGAAAAACUUCAAAGAAGCAAUGGCUUUAGUAGAGGAGCUCAAAUGUGAAGGCGAAUUGAGAAACGAUAUGCUGUCCUUCAUACAUGCUCAAGUGGGGUUCCUCUUGCUUUUUGACCUGCAUUUUAAGGAGGCAGUUGAUCACUUUUUGCAAUCAGAAACAAUGCAGCCAUCUGAGCUUUUCCCAUUUAUCUUGCGAGACCCGAACCGUUGGUCUUUGCUGGUUCCUAGAAACAGAUACUGGGGUUUACAUCCUCCUCCUGCACCACUUGAGGAUGUUGUAGAUGAUGGCUUGACUGCUAUCCAACGGGCUGUUUUUCUAAAAAAGGCUGGCGUAGAUACUGUUGUGGAUGAAAAUUUUCUCCUGAAUCCACCAAACAGAGCUGAAGUUCUUGAAUUGGCAAUCAAAAGCAUCAUCAGAUACCUGGAGAUAUCUCGUGUAAAAGAGUUGCCUCUGCUGGUGAGGGAGGGUGUGGACACGCUACUGAUGUAUCUCUACAGAGCCCUUAACAAUGUUGAUGAUAUGGAAGCACUUGCUUCUUCUGAGAACAACUGCAUUGUGGAGGAAUUGGAAACUCUGUUAGAUGAAUCUGGGCACCUACGGACGCUAGCCUUUUUGUAUGCAAGUAAAGGGAUGAGCUCAAAGGCUCUUUCAAUAUGGCGCAUUUUUGACAGAAACUAUUCAUCCGGUCUGUGGAAAGAUCCUGCUGAGGACAACGACGUACAAAGUAGUGCAACAAAUAUUCUUUCUGGUAGAGAGACUGCUGCUACUGAGGCGUCAAAAAUCCUUGAGGAAUCAUCUGAUCAAGUUUUGGUUUUGCAACAUCUUGGAUGGAUUUCAGAUGUUAAUCCAAUACUUGCAGUUCAAGUUUUGACAUCUGAGAAAAGAGCAGAUCAGCUUUCACCUGAUGAAGUAAUUGCAGCCAUUGGUCCGAAAAAGGUUGAAAUACUCCAAAGGUACCUCCAGUGGUUGAUUGAAGAUCAAGACUCAGUGGACACAAACAUUCACACAUUGUAUGCCCUUUCGCUUGCAAAGUCAGCAACUGAAACCAUUGAACUGGAAAGUUCCUUCCAGGACUCUGACGAUGGAAGAAUAGAGGUGACUAGAUUUGCCAACUCUGAGAGGAGCACAAUCUUUCAGAGUCCUGUGCGUGAAAGGUUGCAGAUAUUCUUACAGUCGUCAGAUUUAUAUGAUCCAGACGAAGUCCUUGUGUUAAUAGAAGGAUCAGAAUUGUGGCUGGAAAAGGUUCUUUCAUGGCUCUUUCUCAGCUAUGUGUUUACAUUGUCCCAUUGGUCAUGGAUAAUUAUUCGCACUCUAGUUUGCAUAUUUAAGUACAACUUUCUUUUACAGGCUAUCUUGUACCGGAAACUAGGGCAAGAGUCAUUGGUGCUACAGAUUCUGGCCUUGAAGCUCGAGGACAGUGAAGCUGCUGAGCAUUAUUGUGCAGAAAUUGGAAGACCAGAUGCCUAUAUGCAGUUACUUGACAUGUAUUUGGAUCCACAAAACGGAAAAGAGCCUAUGUUCAAUGCUGCAGUCCGCCUCUUGCACAAUCAUGGAGAGUCAUUAGAUCCUUUACAAGUAUUGGAGGCAUUAUCUGCUGAUAUGCCCCUUCAGCUAGCCUCGGACACAAUAUUGAGAAUGUUGAGGGCUCGAGUUCAUCAUCAUCAUCAAGGAAAAAUUGUACAUAAUCUAUCGAGAGCUGUUUAUGUCGAUGCAAGACUUGCAAGAUGGGAGGAAAGGUCUCGGAAUUUGCAGAUCAGUGAUGAGAGCCUCUGUGACUCUUGUCAUGCCCGCCUUGGAACUAAGCUCUUUGCAAUGUAUCCUGAUGACACUGUUGUCUGUUACAAGUGUUACCGACGCCAAGGAGAGUCAACUUCAGUUUCAGGACGUGACUUUAAGCAAGAUAUUCUCUUCAAACCUGGGUGGCUGGUAAUUCACUAGGGAGAACUGUGUACAUCUGAACCAAGAGGCAUGACUUCUUAUGUAUCUAAUAAAACCAUGAUUGGUGGUUUCUGCUAACUUCAGUUCCAAUAAAUUUUUUGUCUACUGUCUUUGGCCUCGUGAUGUGAAAAUCAUUUGAUCUUUUCCUUCUGAGAAAAGUUGUGGGAUUUGUUAUUGUCCGAGUGUCUUCUGGUCAAAUAAUUAUUGCAGCAGACAUAAGAGAUCUUCAGGAUGGGUACCAUUAUAAAUAUAGCCGGCCCUUACUGUUUGGUGCCCGUUCUUCUCAUUUGGCGUCUUCAUCAAAUUACAUGCUUGUGCCAGAGCGUGCCAAUAGUUCAGUGCGAGAGAACAGAACUUGGAAAUCCAUAGUUUUGGCGUAUCCUAAUUCCAAAGGCAGUAACUUGGAGAAUAGCGCCUCUCGAUUGAUGUGCAGCUCUAGUUAUGCAUUCCAGAUUGCAUGUUGGCAAUGUAAUCUGAUGGUGCCAGUUCUGGGUACUGGCACAUGUGGGAUGAUGGUGCACCUGUGAAAGAAGACUCGGUGGGCAUGCAAUACACUGUUGUUUGCCUCUGGAGGAUUGAUGCUUUUUGACAAGGUAAUACGUCAUUGAGCUGCAGGGUUUAGUUAUAUCGUAACUUGGUUUAAAUCGUUACGAAUCAUUCAUAACAAACAAUAUAAAAAAAACAUAGUUGAAUCGACACUUGCUUUGCCAACUUGAGAAGAAACCUCUACUUGCUUUGCCUGCAUAGACUUGCCUCGAUAUAGGAAGAGCGUGUCUCCAGCAAUCUUUUUGUCACCUGUAGGAUAGUGGUCGUUUGGAUGUCGGAAUGUGGGAUUUCAUGGAAUGUUAACGUUCCAUGGAAUGUGAAAUGAAAUGAAUGUGACAAAGGAGUGAAAUGUUGACAUUGUUCUUUUUCUGUAAGAUGGAAUAUGGGGUGCUGGAAUUGCUCUUCAAAUGGGGAAAAAAAAGCACCAUAUUUUUAACGUGGGUGAUGGAAUUGGACAAUCCAACCCAGAUCUACCCAUGGAAUUCUGAUUCCAAC